AUGGGAAAUGCGUCGAGUACGGUUACAGCUGGCAUUAAGGAUCAAGUUGAUAAUCGUGAUAACGUUAUCUAUAAACUUGGUGAUGUUAGUGGUAAUGGUGAAUUGGCAUUACUGGCAAAAGAAGCACUUCGAAUCAACAAUUGCACUGUUCUGGAUCAACGUAUCAUUGAGAGAAUCCAACCAUUAUUGUAUAACGGUGGUGACGGCAAAAUGCUUCGAAUCGAAGAAGUGAUCGCACAACGACAUAGAGAACGGACUGGAAAUACAUUCGCAUUACGAGGAUGUGGUAUGAAAAAGUUUGUGUGUUGGCAGCUGAAUCAUCGUGGUGCAGUUGGUGAAACACUUUUGCAUGUUUGCUUCUUAUCUGGUCUUCCGGAGCAUAUGAAGUUGUUAGCGCAACGCUUAUUGCAUCAUUUUCCGAAAAUUAUCAACGAUUUUUAUCUUUGUGACGAAUACUACGAAAUUGUUCGUUAUUUGCUCAAAAAUGGCGCUGAUGUCUCACAACGAACAUGCGGCAAUUUUUUCACAUGUGAUGACCAAAAAAACUCACGCACAGACUCACCGGAUCAGGAGGCUGUUCUGCUGAGUCGAAAUACUACUUAUGAUGGGAAUUUAUAUUUCGGUGAAUAUCCACUCUCAUUCGCCGCAUGUCUUUCGCAGAGUGAAUGUUUCCGUAUGCUAAUUGCCUAUGGUGCUGAUCCCAAUUGGCAAGAUUCGAAUGGUAACACCGUACUGCAUAUUGCAACUAUUCAUCAAAAAUGGGAGAUGUUCAAGCUGGCGUUAAGUUUAGGUGCAAAUUUACAUAUCGAAAAUCGUCGCAAGUUAACGCCACUUACACUAGCUGCCUAUUUGGCUAAAAAAGAGAUGUUCGAAAGAAUAGUGGAAGAAGAACGAGAAGUGUGCUGGACGUAUGGUGGUAUGAUGUCAGCUGUAUAUCCACUGGAACACCUCGACUCCAUCGAGCCCUCAAGCGGUCGUCUCAAUCGCAAUUCAGCGCUCGCAAUCGUCGUUUACGGCAAUUCCACUGAGCAUCUCAGCUUAUUACCAAAUCUGCUCGAGAAGUUGGUGCAUAAAAAGUGGGUCACUUACGGCCGAAAAGUAUUGUUUGGUCAAUUAGCGACAUUUAUCGUUUAUUUUGCUACUGUUUUUUGGUGUUUUUUACUUCGACCAACGCCUUUCGAACAACGUAUGAACAAUUCAGACUUGUAUUGCCUAUUUGAACUGCAUCAUAUUGAUAUGAGUGCUCUGAAUACGAGAACGCAUUCUGGUUUCCCUGCGAAAGCAAUCUUCUUGACCUCGUGCACACUGAUAUGGGUUGCCUUCUGCACACGUCUACUUUGCCUUGAUGCUAUCGAAGAUAAAUUAUGGGUACUUAUCGUUCUAUUAACCGCCAUUAAAUUCCUUUUCUAUUGCAGAGGUUUCAAAAUAGUAGGACCAUUUGUAUUGAUGCUCUAUAAGAUCAUUAUGAAAGAUUUAUUACGUUUUUUCAUCAUCUAUUGCGUCAUUGCGAUCGGAUUCUCACAAGCGUUUUAUGUGAUAUUUUUGGGUUUUAAUCGAAAUGAUCCAAGAUUAAAAGUGAAUGAGGAAGGGUCAGUGAUGCGUCAUGUUCCUGAAUCAUUCAUACGAAUGUUUCUGAUGUCACUCACUGAAUUCACCGUUCUUUUUGACCAAUUGGACGACUGUGAAUUAGCUGUUGUUGGAAAAAUAACGUUUGUGAUUUACAUGCUACUAGUGACAAUGUUGUUGAUAAAUAUGCUAAUUGCAAUGAUGACUAACACGUAUACGGAGGUGAGUGAGAACUCAUUGGAAUGGCUAAGACAGUGGUCAGCGAUUAUACUGAUGAUGGAACAGAGUUUUGAUCCGGCAACACGACUGAAAUAUCAGUCGAUGUAUUCGGUGCCAAUGGAGGACUGUAAACGUAUCGCAUUAUUGCUGAAACUUCGAAUACCCGUCAGUUUGUUACCAUUUUGA